AAUUUCUUCUACUUUAAAAGUGUAAGCUAAAUAAAGGAAGUUGACGAGGAGGAUUCUUCAUACCCCACUUUUCCAUUGCUCUUGAUUCAACAUUACACCUCAGAUUCACUUACCCUUUUCUUCUUCCUUCUUCCUCUGUUCCACUCCAGAAUUUCUAGUUACAACAGAGCUCCAGUUUGUUGAUCCAUGGCGUCCUUCAACCUUACCCAAUUCAGAACUAAAAACCCAAUUCCCAACCUCGCUCUGAAUCCGUCCCGGACGGGUUUGACUCGACCAACUAGACUUGGGUUUAGAGUGGUUGCCUCCGGCAAGCCUCAGGCGGAGCCCGAUCUCAGUGUGACGGUCAAUGGGUUGAACAUGCCCAACCCGUUUGUAAUUGGGUCGGGUCCGCCAGGAACUAACUAUACGGUUAUGAAGAGAGCAUUUGAUGAAGGUUGGGGGGCUGUGAUUGCCAAAACUGUGUCACUAGAUGCAGCAAAAGUUAUAAAUGUAACUCCUAGAUAUGCCCGGCUACGAGCGGAUUCGAAUGGCUCUGCAAAGGGGCAGAUUAUUGGGUGGGAGAACAUUGAAUUGAUAAGUGAUAGGCCUCUUGAAACUAUGUUGAAAGAGUUCAAGCAGUUAAAAGAGGAGUAUCCCGAUAGGAUUCUUAUUGCUUCAAUAAUGGAGGAGUAUAAUAAAGCUGCUUGGGAAGAACUUAUCGAUCGAGUCGAACAAACUGGAGUUGAUGCGUUUGAAAUCAAUUUCUCAUGCCCUCAUGGCAUGCCCGAACGGAGAAUGGGUGCUGCAGUUGGACAAGAUUGUGCACUUCUGGAAGAAGUUUGUGGAUGGAUUAAUGCAAAAGCUACAAUACCUGUUUGGGCAAAAAUGACCCCCAAUAUCACUGACAUUUCACAGCCUGCAAGGGUGGCUCUGAAAUCAGGAUGUGAGGGAAUAGCAGCCAUCAACACGAUCAUGAGUGUAAUGGGAAUUGAUCUCAAAACCUUACGUCCCGAGCCUUGUGUUGAGGGGUAUUCAACUCCAGGAGGCUAUUCUUCCAAGGCAGUUCAUCCUAUUGCUCUUGGGAAAGUGUUGAGCAUUGCAAAAAUGAUGAAGGCAGAAUUUAACGAUGGAGACUACUCUCUUUCUGGCAUUGGGGGUGUCGAAGCUGGUGGAGAUGCUGCCGAGUUUAUUCUACUCGGAGCAAACACUGUCCAGGUAUGUACAGGAGUGAUGAUGCAUGGGUAUGGCCUUGUAAAGAAACUAUGUGCUGAGCUUCAGGACUUCAUGAAACUUCACAACUUCUCAUCCAUUGAAGACUUCAGAGGGGCUUCUCUUCCAUAUUUCACGACCCACAUGGAUUUGGUUCGGAGGCAGCGGGAAGCAAUCGAGCAGAGAAAAGCUGUGAAGAAGGGUCUGCAAUCUGAUAAAGAUUGGACGGGCGAUGGCUUUGUUAAGGAAACUGAGAGUAUGGUUUCAAACUGAAGUACAGAUCAAUCAAACCUUUGCUUCGCUUUGUCAUUGGAAAUAACAAAAAAAUGGUGUCUUUGUAUCAGAGUAAAGUUUCUUUUCUCUUUCCCUCUUAAAGGGUGACGAAUAAAUGUAUUAUUACAGUAACAGUUUGAUUUUUCGUAUGAUAAACUUUUGUAGAUUGGAUACGUGAAGGAAUAAUAGCAAUUUGUUAUAGACAAAAA